AUGGGUAAACACAAAAUAGCGGAUAAUGAUACAACGCGAUCUUUGGUUAGAGCAAAUAAAAGACCAAAGCGAUAUCAACAACAACAAGACGAAGUGAAAAAAAGUGUUUUUCCCGGUACGACAAUUGAAAGUGGUUCGACGGAACUAUGGAAUGAAUUUUUCGACUAUUUAUCAUUACUAGACAUAUUACAAGCAUUUUCAGGUCUAAAUUCCCGAAUAAAUGCCAUUAUUUGCUGUUCAUACCCAAUAUACAUCGAUCUAUCAUACACAAGUAUUUCAUAUGAUCAAUUUCAGGGUUAUUGUCGAUAUGCACUUCGUACAUCAUCUCAUUAUAUUAAAUCACUUAAACUUUCGAAUGUGGACAAUAUUAAUGCUAUCAAGCUGUUCAAAAGUAUUUGUGAUAUAAGUCAAUUUCUCAGUUUACAGAAACUUAUUCUAAUAAAACCCGAUCGACAAGAUAUCCUUGAUCUAUUUCCAAAAGUCAAUGAAUUAAAAGAAUUAUCAACAAUAGAGAUUAUUAACUAUUCUGAUAUAACAAUUGAUGGUGUUCAGAAUGUAAAAUUUCUUAAAACACUUUCUUUGAAAACAAUACAUAGAGAUAGUUUUCACUACCUUCGAGCGUCAAGCAUUGAACAGUUAACAAUCGAAUAUUGUGAACUAAAUUUAUUUUAUUAUCUGAAUCCAUGUUUAAACAAUUAUUGGUCUGGACACUAUUGGCCAAAACUAUUAUCAUCAUUAACCAGAACAUGUAGAAUUCAACUAUUCGUCCGAGCGUCAUAUCUUGAUUUUAUCCCAAAUUUUCCUCAAAUACAAGCGUCAUUUGAAAACAAUCCGUUUUGGAGAGAUCAUCCCGUCAAAAUAUAUUAUGAUCAAACGAAUAAAUUAUUUUGUUUUCAUACAUUACCAUAUCCACAAACAGCUCAAGAUACACAAUGGCAUUUUGAAAAUACAUUGAUAGCAGCAGUUGGAGGAUCAAGGUAUGAUGAUAAUGCAGACGUUUCUUUUACCAAUCAUCAACAAAUUUCAACAACACUUACUAUCAAAAAUGACUAUGAAAAAUACAUCUAUCUUCCCCAGCGCUUCGAUCAUAGUGUUCAACAGUUAAAAUUAGAUCUUCCGUUGCACGUAAUACCAAUAGACAAUAUUUGCUCGAUUUUGGAUAAAAAAUUUGGAAAAACCUGUGGCAAGCUAACAAUGUUAUACUUUAAUGAUGGAUAUAAUACCGACGAAAGAUCUCAAGAAUUUUUGUUUAAAUUAUUUGAGUGUAUGCCGAAAUUAUUAGAAAUCAAAUUUAGUUCUAAGAAUAGUACAACUUUAAAGAAUAUGCUGAGUUUAAAAAUUCACAGUAUAGAAAGUUUGAUACUUGUUCAAUGCUACGAACCAACAAUCAACGACAUCGAUCUAAUAUCAUUAUCACUUCCAAACUUAAAAAAAUUUGAAUGUUCUAUUUCAACAAUCACCGGUUUAAAACAAAUAUUAUGUUUGUGCUUGAAGAAAAUGAUAUAUUUAGUUUAUUUGAGAAUCACAACAUCAAAACGUUUAUACAAGGACAGUUUUAAAAACUGGAUCGAAUAUAAACUGAAAAAUAGUCGAUAUAAAGUUGAUAACGGACUACAAAUUUGGCUGUAG